GAAAAUGUGAGUAAAAAACGAGAGUAAACAAAACUUUUACCAACGUGGAAACGGAAAAUAUCUCGUUUUGAAGAAGAAAUUGGACAUAGUUUGCAGCAUGGCAAAACAAGAAAGCCAGUUAAAUAUGACUGAGGAGGUAUUUCAUGCAAAUAGACCGUUUAAAACAGAGAUAAUUUAUAUAUAACUUUCAGUUUGCACAGAAAUUCAAUUUUUUUUAGCCAAGUGAUAAUAAGUACUGGCAUAUUAAAAAGGGUGAAUUACGUAAUUUGGGCAUUAUUUGUUAUGACUUACUUUAAUAUUUUCAUAAUUUAUUAUAUAUAUUAUAUAUUGUAUGCAUAUAUAAAGAAUAUAUGGCUUAUAUGCAUACUAUAUAGACCCAUCAUUGUAUAGACUCCUUGCCUUGUUUACAUUUUGCUGACAGACACUGAGACACAUUCCGUUUCUGCAAAAGAAUAUGUUUUUCAUUGUGGUAAUACUUAUCACAAUAAUGAAGCUCUCUUGGGAGAACAUUUGCUGAUUUGCCUUCCAGCCAAACAUAAAAAAGGCAAGGGUCUAUUUACAAAGAUGCAGGUGGUAUGGCUGAAGCUGUUUGCAUUGCUCCAGAUGCUGCUAGCAUUAAUUUGUGAACAUUCAUUACUCCAGACAAAUGCUUACUGAAAUAACCUGAAUUACACUAUGAAUGCUUGCACAGCCAUCUGAUGUUAGGAUACGUGGCAAUUAACUAAAAAUCUAGGUCCGACGAUCUUGUGUGCGUUGCCAUAGUGAAAAAGAAUUUUUCCCAAGUAUUUUUGCACUCAAAGUAGUCAGAAUUUCUCACCGACGGGAUUUAAUCGUUGUCUUUUCAGUUUCCUGAUAUCUGAAGCUGUGAGUUAUGUUUUCGACAAUUUCCAAUUUAACCAACUUUCAGCAGGCAGAGACAUUGUCCCAGAUUGUUGAAACCUGUGUUUGAAUAGCUAGUUGCCAAUUAAUCUCAUAACAAAAAUUCUUGAUGUUAGAAAAUGAUUUGCCUGAGCUACCUGGAGAAAAAUGGGUGGUCAGAAGAGGUCCGGACUCCUCCUCCAUGCUUGAUGUGCAGAGGGGGAGGAGAGAAAAUCUACUUCUCAUAAUAAGGAAAUGCCUCCUGUCCGAAGAGGACUAGAAAGGUUAAGUUCCAAUUUCUAUAUAGUGGGGGAGGUGUCGAUGUUUUCUGGAAGAAGCCUACAUACAGCUAUAUGCCAGUUCGACUUUCCCAACUUCCCAGUAGCAGAUUACCGAGAUAUUGCCAAGAAUGUAAAUGGGAACGCAUUCCCUUGUGAAAUUUUAGAUGAGUUUCCGCAAAGGUUCAAAUUAUUUCAACAUGUUUUAUAUAUCCCUUACGAAAAAAGUCCAUAGGUGGCCUAUAGGUGCCUAUAGGAAAUGUUCCAAUUCCCUAUAGAAGCCUUUAGGCAUCUAUAGAGCUCUAUAGGCUUAUAGGCAUCCCUAUAGGUCACCUAUAGAAAAUGUUCCAAUUGCCUAUAAAAACCUAUAGGUUUCCUUUAGGAACCUAUAGGUUGGCCUAUAGGCCAGGCCUAUAGACUUUUUUUGUAAGGGUAAAUUUAAUUGAUUUUGGGUCAAUUUGUUUAUUUCAUCUUCUAAAUUGUUUUUGGAGGCAGCACCAGUGAGAAUACACCCUUCCGGAAAGUAUCAUGUCACUUUGGCUACAGACCCUUGUUUUCAUGUAUGUGACAUUAGUUGAAGACCAACGUCUCAAACACGAAAACGGGACUCGAUCUAUAUCGCCAAGGUGACGUUAUUUCCGGGAGCAUAUAUAAUAUUGUAGUGCAAUGAAAUGCAUAUGUACCAUGCAUACAGCCGUUCAGUUAAGCCUAGUUUCCAUUUGGUCGUUAGUUGUCGCUGGCACGACAAGCGGUAGAUGUGAAAUAGUCUAAUAUCAAUAGUCUUUUUGUGUGUUAUAUGCAAAUCAGUCUUAAUGAUUGCAGAGUUUUAUAAAGUUUUGUUGACACUCUAUUACAUCCGCCACUUGUCGUGCCAGCGAUAACUAACGACCAAAUGGAAACUAGGCUUUAUAGUAUUGUGAUCGUCCUAAUUAUAGGAGAUGGAGAGAUUCGAAAAAGCCAUGAAAAGUGAAGAAUUUAGAAAGAUGUUUGCUGAAUAUGCUAAAGAAAUAUCAGACCCAGAAAACAGAAAGGUAUUUAAUUAUAAUAUGAUUGUUUAAGGCAAACUGAAUUGAAUACUCCCUGGAGUAUUCAAAUUCUCCUCCCUGAAAAUAGGUCCAUGUGCAUCAUAAACUUAAGACUCCCUGUAUAUAUCACUGAUAUAAUAGUAUAUACUGUACUGGUAUUUAGUGUAUUAGAUCACAAAUUUACUCUGCUACAAAACUACCUCUUUGAUUGUAACAAACUGAACAAGGCAGCCUCCCCUGAUCAUAAGCACACAGGCUAGCUAGUUGUUUUAAUUUGUAAGUAAGAAUUAUUUUUGUUGGUUGUUAAAUAAUGCAUUAUGCAAUUUUCUAUAGAAAUAUGAAGAGGAGAUUGCACAGCUUGAAGCUGAGCGAGGAAUGGAUGUAAAAUUUAUAAAUCCACAGGUAACCUAGCUGACAAGUCCUGACAAGGUAUGCGGGACAUCCCGCUAGCCAGGCUCAUACGAUCAGGUGAGUAAGUCAAUUCUGGUUGUGUUUCCCAGGAUGGGUUUGUUGUGAAAACAUCCAUUAAAAGCAAAGAUGGAAUGAAGGCUUUCAUCAACAUAUGUCAGAGUGAUGUCAUUAACAAGGCAACAUGCAAGGAAGGCAGCAAGAAAGUCGAUGAGAAAAAGUAAGAAAAGUUCAAACAUUCAUGAUUCAAAAUUUAUUUGCAACAACAGUGCCAUGCCCAUACGCAGGAUUUUUGCACCUGGGGGGGGGCCAUAUGCUGAAAAAAGUCCCAAAUAUCCAAAGAAUAACUAAUAAUGACAUUCUAAAAAUUGUAAAAUAUAUAGUCUUCUCUGGGGGGGGGCAGUUGCCCCCUCCUCCUCCGUAUGGCCCUGGGCAACAAUUUCUCCAGAUUGAAAGAACAUUGUCGCAUACCUUGUUGGGACAAUUAUCCCAGAACAACUGAAUUGAACACAUGACUGUUGGGUUAUCUUUUCAGUGUAAAAGGGCAAGAAUGGUUAAUUCCAUACAGUUUAAGUCAACCAAGAGAAGAUCUAGACAAAGGUAUUUAACUUUUUAAUUGACGCCAUAGUAUUGUGUUUGGAGGUUGGUGCCGUUACUAACAAAACUAAGUUUGACUGAAACUCAAAUUGGGUGGGAAAAGGCGAAGGGUACGUAACAAGGUUAGCACAACUUGCUGCAACAAGGCUGGCAUGACGAAAACAGGCAAUUGAUCUGAUCAGGGUAUCACAAACAGUUAUAAGGCUGUGACAGCUGUGACGUCAUGGGCUUCUCCCAAACGGAAGUCGACAUGCAUGCAUGCAUAAUACAUCUGCCGUUAACCUUGCUCAAGCCUGAUUCACACUAGCAACUUUGUAAGCGAUUUUGUGUUUCUGAUGGAUGUAAAUGAGUGAACAGAUCGAUCAGAAAGUAUAGAGUUGCUUUUCCGAAGUAAACAAUUCUCAAUUGAAAGUCUUUUGCAUGUCAUUCAUUCGACUACAUUUGCCGAGAGGAGAAAAAUCACCGACAGAAUUCCUUGUGUGAACCAGGCUUUAAAUCUAUUUAUAAUAACUUCAUUUCAACCAAAUAUGAAUCAUUCCUCAAAAUGCAUCAUUGGGUCAUAUUCUUUAUCUGAUUCUGAAAUUAUAUUAUAACAGAACUGUGGUAUGUUUUUAACCCUUUCAUGGCAAUACGCUCUGAUGCUGUACCUACUUUAUUAUUUUACUCUGUCUAACACCAGACGAUUUUACUCUGUCUAAUGGCAGACAAUUUUACUCAGUGCUGCCACUCAAUGGGUUAAACUGACUAUCUGCCCAUGCAUCUUGUUAACCUUGUGGGAAUAUGCUUGGAUCCCCUGAUGCAACCUGCUUUAAUUUAUUAUUUUACUCUGUCAUGUCUAAACACCAGAUGAUUUUACUCUGUCUAAUGCCAGACAAUUUUACUCACAUCAAGGGGAGAGUGCUGCCACUAAGUGGGUUAAACUGACUAUCUGCCUAUGCAUCUUGUUAACCCUGUGGCAAUUAAUACUCCGGUCCCUGGUGCAACCUGCUUUUAUUAUUUUACUCUGUCUAACACCAGACGAUUUUACUCCUCUAUUAAAUGCCAAACAAUAUUACUUAUCAGGGGGGGGGGGGGUACUGCCACUGAUCAAUGGGUUAAUCUGCCAAUGCAUCCUGGUCCGAUGAAAUGAAUACAUUGCCCGUCAAAUCGUAUAUUGUUUACACUGUUUUUAUUCGAUCUAUAAAUUGAAUUACAACUACAAAUUACUUCUAAUUCUACACUAUACAUACUCUAAUACACAACUAUGAACUUACUUCUUGGCGGGUUAACACAUUUUAAUCUACAUUUGCUUCGUAUGUUUUCCUAAGCACACGCCUUGUCCUCAUGUUGUUUUCGACUCGUGAAACAUGCAAACUGUCAAUCAUAUCCACUGUCUAUUAUUAACUAAUUAACUUAGAGAUUAAUGUUACUUAUUUUAUCUAACGUCAACAAAAUAUCAAUACACUCUCCGCCCCGAUGAGAAUGUAGUUCUCAUGCUACUAAAUAGCAUAGCUAGUUCUAGUUCUCUUUGUAACCUUCUUCUGGAUAAAUAACAGCAAUUCUACUUACAGGUCUCUCAUAUUCUCCAGAACAUGUCUUCACUCUGAUGUUUCGAACCUUACUGUCUUUACCAGGAAACACGUUUAUAACUUUGCCAAUUGUCCAGCUUCCUCGCACUGCAUUCGGGUUUUCAAUCACUACAACAUCGUCGACACGAACGUUUCUUCUAUCUGCAUUCCACUUUUUACGGGGAACUAACGCUGGAAAAACAUCUCUUUGCCAAUGUUUCCAAAAAUCAUUUACUAUUCUCCGAACAAACUCAACACGUUUACGUGGAUCUCGAGUCUCCUUGAACGGUCCUUGUGGAACUUUCGACGACGCACGUCCAAGCAGAAUAUCAUUAGGACAAAUAUACGAACCUUCGUUUGGAUCAGUUGUAACGCGGCCAAUUGGUCGUUGGUUUACCAGGUUUGCGAUCUCUAAUAAACAGGUGUAAAGUUCAAACGGUGUUAGCUUCUGUUCUCCAACUGCCAUCUUUAGUGCUCGUUUACAACUUUUAACCAUAGACUCUGCACAACCAUUCUGGUGUGGUGAUGUAGGUGUAAUAAAUUGCCAUUUAAUUCCUUUUUCUGCUGCAAACUCCCUUAACUUCUCUUUAUCCCAUCCUGCGAUCAUCUCCCUUAAUUUUCUUUCAGCCCCUACUAACUGUGUCCCAUUGUCACUUAGAAUCAACGCUGGUCUUCCACGAAUUGCAAAAAAUCGACGCAAGACUUGUAUAAAUUCCAUAGCUGAAUAGUCAACUGCUAGUUCUAAGUGAACAGCUCUUGUGUUCAAACAAGUAAAUAUGACACCGUAAUGCUUCGUACUUUUGUUUCGUCCAACCUUGACGUGAUAAGGACCAAAAUAAUCACACGCGCUAUUGUGAAAUGGUGGAGUAUAUGGUAUAAGACGAAUUCCAGGAAGGUCAGCCAUUUUCUGUGUUUCACACUUUGCUUGCAUUUUCUUGCAGAACACGCAUUCGUACUUGACUGAUUUAGCAAGGUUAUGGGCUCUGAGUAUCCAAUAUUUUCGUCGAAUCUUUGCUACAGUGGCGGCUACUCCAGAGUGUCCAUAUUGGUGGGCUUGACGAGUAAUCAGUUUAGAUGUCCAGUGAUCCCUCGACAAUAACACUGGAUGUCUGGUAUCGUAAGUCGCAAUGGUUUUAUCAACUCUACCUCCAACUCUGAUAACAUCUUUCGAGUCGGUAAUCGGAUCCAGCUUUUGCAAUUGUCCCUUCGCAAGACUGUUUUGCAGGUUUUCUGGUUUUGCUUUAUCCAAUAGGUUUCUGACUCUUCUAGCUCUUGUACGGACAAACAACUACUUCUUUGGUUAUCUGGGUUUUCUGCUUUUCCUUUUUUCACACGAGCUUUCAAAUUCCAGUAGAAUCUGAAGACAUACGCUGUUACUCGCACCAGUCGUCUCCAGUUCGAAAAUCUCGUACAAUCGAUCGGGGAAGCCAUAGUUUCCUUCACUGUACACACUUUCUGACUCUUUCGAAUUUCCUGUUCAACUUCACCGUUCUCAACAGUUGAUGAAUCCGCUGGCCAUUCAUGUUCAGGUAAUCGAAGAAAUUCUGGACCUCGUUGCCAUCUCUCUGUCAGACUUUGCACAGGAAUCCCACGAGACACCUCGUCGGCAACAUUGUAUUCUCCAG